AUGUUCAGGCUAUCCCCUCGUAGGAGUCAGAGGAACAAAGGUUUGAAGGUGAAGCAUGCUCUUCAGAUUCUUGUUCUUGUUGGUGUUUGCAUCUGGUUGGUUUAUCAAGUCCAGAAUUCCCGAAGCAAGAAGGAGUCAUUUGGAGAAAGCGAAAAGAUCGCCGGGACUGUACAAAAGCUAGGGAGGAAAGACCUCCAACCAAAAAUCGAUAUGGUUUCUGAAGACGAAAACCAAAGAGAAGAUGGUGAAGAAGAAAGCAAACGCUUUGAUGAUGAUGUUAAGCCUGAGGAAAAUGAUCAUAAUGGUGAUAAACUAGGAGAGGAAGGAAACCGUGAAGCUGGAGAAAAGGAGACAGACACUACCGAGAAUGAUGUGAAAGAUGAAGAGAAGGAAGAUAACAAAGGUAUGGAUGGUGAAAGCAGAAAUGAGCCGGAAACUGAAGAGAAGGAGAAUGACCACAGUAAUGGUGAUACAGAGCAAAAUGGUGAAGAGAGUGGUGACAAUAAAGAGCAUGAAAGUGGAGAAGACAAUACAGGGAAACACGAGGAAGAGCAAAACGGUGAAGAGAGUGGUGAAAAUAAAGAGCAUGAAAGUGGAGUAGACAAUACGGAGAAACAUGAGGAAGAGCAAAACGGUGAAGAGAGUGGAGAAAAUAAAGAGAAUGAAAGCGUCGAAAAAGAAACUGAACAGAAGGAUGGUGAUGAAACAGACACGAAAGAAGAGGCUGGACAAAGUGAAGAGCCCAAAGAAAAUAAACAUGACCUGGAUGGAGGUGAAGAGCAGCAAGUUACAGAGAUGGCCAAAACUGAAAACAAGGAAACAGAGAACGGAGAAAACAAAGAUGUUGACAAUCAAGAUCACAAUGGAGAAAAGCAGGCAGACAGUGAAGAAAAGGAACAAAAAGAAGAGAGUACUAAGGUGGCAUCGCAGGAUGAGAAGGCCGAGAAGCAGGUAGAGAAUGAAGAGAAGGAACAGAAAGACGAGACACCUAAGGAGGAAUCGCAGGAUGAGAAGGUUAAUGAAAAUACUGAGACGCAGGUGGAGAAUGAAGAAAAGGAACGGAAAAAUGAGAAUACUAAGCUGGAAUCACAGGAAGAGAAGGUUGAUGAAAAUGCUGACAAGCAGGUUCACAAUGAAGAAAAGGAACAAAAAGAAGAGAAUUCUAAGGAAUCACAGGAAGAGAAGGUAAAUGAAAACACUGCAAAACAGGUUGACAAUGAAACAGAACAAAAUCAAGAAAACAGUCAGGCGGAAUCGCAUGAUGAGAAAGUUCAUGACAAUACUGAGAAGGUCAAUGAGAAUAUUGAGAAGCAAGCAGACAAUGAAGAAAAGCAUAAAAAAGAAGAGAAUGUUCAGGAUUCGCAUGAUGAGAAAGCUAAUGAAAACUCCGAGCAGCAGGGAGAAAAUGGUGCAAAUGAACAAAAAGAGGAGAACACUAAAGAAUCGCAGGAUGAAAAGGUUAAUGAAAAUACCGAGCAGACUCAUUCACAUGAUUCAGGCUCAAAUGACAAAGGUGAGACAAAUGAACAAAACAGUUCAUCGGGUUCAUUGAAGGAUGAAGGCAAUUCCAGUGGUAGCUCAGAGCAGGAACUGACUAAUAAACCAAGUUCUACAGAAGGAACAACAGAUGCUAAUGAACAGCAAAACAUUCAAGAAGUCUCCAACAGUAAUGCUGAUCAACAGAAGGAUGAUGGCACAGAGGCUACUCAGCAGGAGGUUACAAAGAACACAGAAUCAACAGAAGAAAAUAACAAAUCAGAUCAAAAGCAUGAGGGUUCAAAUGAAGGAACCGGCUCGACUACCUCAAAUUCAAAUCCAAAGGAUGAGAGCUCAUCAAACGGUGAAGGCUCAAAUGACAAAGAUUCUGGUUCUACAAAUGGCCAAACUGCUGGUACUGAAAACAAUAGCGAUAGUUCUUCUGGCAAUGAGUAUAAUGGAAAAACUGAGACACAGAACACUGAGACUCAGUCAGAGACAAAUACAGACCAAAAAAUCAAUCCCUCGAAUGACAAUGAUGGUACUGAUUCUGGGGAAAGCAAGUCAGCAGAUUCUUCUGGUUCCUCAAAUGCUGAGAAUACCGAGGCAUCUACAAACUCAAAUGAGAAUGGCAAUGCUGGGGAGCAACAUAAUGAAGUUGACUCAUCCAGUUCUUCGGUUACUCAAGAAGAGAAAGAUGCUCGUACGGACCUGGGAACUUUGCCAGAUACUGGUAGUGAGACAAGCAGUCAUCAAGAUGCAGUUGCCUAG